GUGCUGUUUUUCAACAGAGAGAGAUACUGCAGUGCUUUCAAAUGGUUUUCUUUACUACUAGAAGGAGAAUAUCUCUGCAAAAUGGCUGCAGGUGAUGCUUCUGUAUUUAGUAACAAUGACAAGAAAUGUUCUGUUCACGAAGAGACUUUGAAACAGACAGAAAUGUGCAUAAAAGAGGAAGAUAAGUUUGAAACAGGAGAUUCCAAGGCAAACAUUAACAAGCACGGUGAAAAGCAGUUAAGCAUGAUGCAAGACAUAGAAGGUUCUGGAGCUAUUUCAGGUCAUGAACAUGCCAAUUAUGGUAAUUUACCUGAGAAAUCUAGUUGCCUUGAAAGAGACCAAUACAGAAGUGAUGACUGUGAUAAAGAAUUUGAAUAUGAUAUAAAUUUAUGUUGUCAAAAGUUAAUCUGUAGUGGAGUUUAUCAGAAUAGUUCUGUUACAGGUGAUAAAAGUUUCUUGAAGAAUCAUCAUAGUAUCCACACUGAAGAGAAACUAUACAGUUGUGGUAUGUGUGAUAAAAGAUUUCAUAGUAGAAAUGAUUUACGACAACAUCAGAUGGCACACAGUAUAAAUAAAAAGUACAGUUGUAAUGUAUGUGGCAAAGAAUUCAAAACCAAGAGUAACUUUAAAAUACAUCAGAGGAUCCACACUGGAGAGAAACCAUACUCUUGUGAUUGGUGUGGGAAACAGUUUUCAAGACAACAUAACCUAAAAGAACAUAAAAAACUCCACACAGGAGAAAAACCAUAUAAUUGUGAUAUGUGUGGCAAAAAAUACAGAUUACUAGAUAGCUUUAUAAAACAUAAGAGUACACACAAUAUAGGAAAACCAUACAGCUGUGAUGUAUGUGACAAAAAAUUUAAAACUAGAAAUUAUUUAAGGCAGCAUCAGAUGUCACACAAUACAGAGGGAAUGUACAACUGUAAUGUGUGUGGUAAAAAACUCCAAACAAUAGGUAGCCUACAAUUACAUCAGAGAAUCCACACUGGAGAGAAACCAUACACUUGUGAUUGGUGUGGUGAACAGUUUUCAAGAAGAGAUAGACUGUAUGUACAUGAAAUUAUUCAUACAGGUGAAAAACAAUACUGUUGUGAUAUUUGUGACAAAAAAUAUACAAAAAUAAACAGUUUCAGAAAACAUAAGUUGACACACAGUUUACAGGGAAAGUACAGUUGUGAAGAGUGUGGUGAAAAAUUCAGAAAAAAAAUUGAUUUGAGAAACCAUCAUAUUAUUCACACUGGAGAUGAACCAUGUAGUUGUAAUAUCUAUGAUAAAAAAUUUAAAAGCAGAAAUGAUUUAAGACAACAGAGUACACACAGUACAGAGGAACCAUACGGUUGUGGUUGGUGUGGUGAAAAGUUUUCAAGACAAGAUACCCUUAAUGUACAUGAAAUGAUCCACAAAGGAGAGAAACCUUACAAAUGUGAUGUUUGUGACAGAAUAUUCACAAGUGUAAAUAACUUGAGAGAACAUCAAUAUAUACACAUACAGGAAAAGUACAGUUGUGAUGUGUGUGGCAUAAAAUACACAUCAGUAGAGAAUUUGAAAGAACAUCAGAGUGCACAUAAUAUAGAAGAAAAGUAUAGCAGUGAUGCAUUUGAUAAACAAUUUCAAAAUAACUAUUAUUUUACUGAACAUCAGAGGUUGCAUAAUAUGAAGGGACAGUACAGUUGUGAUGUGUGUGACAAAAAACUCAAAACAAUAUAUAACCUUAAAUUACAUCAGAAGAUCCACACUGGAGAGAAACCAUACACUUGUCAUUGGUGUGGAAGAAAAUAUGCUUUGGUAGAUAGUUUUAGAAAACAUCAGAGUACACACAAUAUAGACGGAACAUACAGUUGUGAUGUGUGUGAUAAAAAAUUUAGAAGUAUACAUAAUUUCAGGAAACAUCAUAGGAAACAUAAUGUAGAGGAAAUGCAUGUUUGUGAGGUUUGUGGCAAAAUACUCCAAACAAUAAGUAGCCUUAAAUUACAUCAGAGAAUCCACACUGGAGAGAAACCAUUCAUUUGUGAUCAGUGUGGCGAACAGUUUUCAAGAAAGGAUGCCCUAAAUGUACAUUAUAAAAUGAUCCACACAACAGAAAAACCAUACAGUUGUGAUGUUUGUGACAAAAAAUUCAAAAUAUUAUAUAGCUUCAGAAAACACCAGUUAGCACACACUGUAGAGGGAAAAUAUAGUUGUGAUGAGUGUGGUGAUAAAUUCAAACAUAAAAGUGACUUGAGAAACCAUUGUCGUACACAUACUGGGGAGGAACCGUACAGUUGUAUUCAUUGUGGUGAAACGUUUUCAAGACAAGAUACCCUAGAUAUACAUGAAAUGAUCCACACAGGAGAAAUACCUUACAAAUGUGAUGUUUGUGACAGAAUAUUCACGAGUGCAAAUAACUUGAGAGAACAUCAGUUGUCACACAAUAUAGGAGAAAAAUACAGUUGUGAUGUUUGUGACAAAAAAUUCAAAAUUAUAUAUAGUUUGAGAAAACAUCAGUUAACACACAGUAUGGAAGGUAAGUGCAGUUGUAAUGAAUGUGGUGAAAAAUUCACAAGUGAAAGUAGCUUGAGAAAACAUCAGAGCCUUCACACUAGUAAUGACUUGUACAUUUGUGAAGUUUGUGGUAAAGUAUGUUAUUUUGAAAACAUU